GCAUUUUGGCAUUACGGCUACGCAUUACAAGACAAGCUUCAUACCGACGCGUCAUCUGCGUCGGCUUUUAUUUAAUUUUAUAAUUUUAGUGACAAAGAAAAUUGUGAUAAGUGUGAUUUUAUACACGUCUCGGUGAUAUACAUUAGAUUUAAGACUUGUUAUGUUGUUGUUGAGCUGUGGAAAACUUAAUGAGCUUACCUUGCCUGCAGUGCGUGCCAAGAGCCCCCGAGUCCCAGCCAUUAGAUUGAGUGGAGUGCCCCCUGUCUGCCCACACGUAGCCCCGCCGCCACUAUUCCGCGCGACACGGACACUUCCAGCAUGGAACUGGAGAAAGCCCCCGCUCUCCAUGAGGAGGACUCAAAAGUCACCCUCACCAUCAGACUGAUUAUGCAGGGGAAGGAAGUUGGCAGUAUUAUUGGGAAAAAGGGAGAAAUUGUCAAAAGGUUUAGAGAAGAAUCAGGAGCAAAAAUCAAUAUAUCAGAUGGAUCGUGCCCAGAGCGCAUCGUCACAGUCACCGGCAACACAAGCGCUAUAUUCAAAGCCUUCACACUCAUAUGCAAGAAAUUUGAAGAGUGGUGCUCUCAGUUCAAUGAAGGCGGCGGCGGCGGGUCGCGCGCGCCGAUCACGCUGCGGCUCAUCGUGCCGGCGUCGCAGUGCGGCUCGCUCAUCGGCAAGGGCGGCUCCAAGAUCAAGGAGAUCCGGGACGUCACCGGCGCUAACAUACAGGUGGCGAGCGAAAUGUUGCCGAACUCGACAGAAAGAGCCGUGACCAUCAGCGGGACGUGCGACGCCAUCACGCAAUGCAUUUACCACAUCUGCUGCGUCAUGCUAGAGAGUCCGCCUAAAGGUGCCACAAUCCCUUACAGGCCAAAGCCAAACGUGGCCGGGCCGGUCAUCCUGGCAGGAGGGCAGGCUUACACCAUCCAAGGAAACUAUGCCGUGCCUGCACAAGACGCGGUGUGCGCGCCGGUGUUCCCCCUGCUGGAGGUGAAGCCGCCGCUCGUGGGCGCGCUGCCGCCGCACCACCUGCUGCCCGCGCCGCAGCUGCACGAGCACCACCUCAUGGGAGGCCUCGCCAAAUCGCCGCUGGCCGGCCUCGCGGCGCUGGGGCUAGGCGGCCUCGCGCCCACCAACACCGGGGGCCUCAACCCGGCAGGUAUAGGCAAAACACUGGCAGCGUUGGCGGGCUCGCAGCUCCGCACGUCGAACCAGUCCCGCAACCAGCCCGCCACCAACCAGCAGUCGCACGAGAUGACCGUGCCCAACGAGCUCAUCGGGUGCAUCAUCGGCAAGGGCGGCACCAAGAUCGCGGAGAUCCGGCAGAUCUCGGGCGCCAUGAUCCGGAUAUCCAACUGCGAGGAGCGCGAGGGCGGCAGCACGGACCGCACCAUCACCAUCUCCGGCAACCCGGACUCCGUCGCGCUGGCUCAGUAUCUCAUCAACAUGAGGAUCACGAUGGAGACGGCGGGGCUGCCGCUGCCCGGCUACCACUACAUCGCUCCGAACCACAUCGUGAAAGCGCCGAUCCAUUGAGCGGGGCUCCUCGGCCAGCCGUCCGUCGCGUGCAAGCUCCUCACCGACCGCGCGUACUACCUCCAGCCGCAGUACGGGACACUGGCUCCGAUAUAUUUCUUCAAGUGAGUGCGAAGACCAAAAUGAAUCUCUAAAAUGAGAGGGGAAGCAAUUGGCAAAACUAGAUACCUAGCUGAACGUAUGUUUACAUUUGUUACGAGUUUAUAAGUAUUUUAGAUAUUCUUAUAUUUAUUCUCCACUGUAUUUAAUUGAUUGUUCGGAGAGGUCGGUCAAGUAAUCGAUUAUGGAAGGUCGGCGUAAUUUUGGCAGCCAAAAAAUGUAAGCGACUGACGUUAAAAAUUGUGAGUAAUCCGUGAGCAGCGACGAUGACACAAAGCACUUAUUUUAUAGCGGACGAUUGGUAUUUUGUUUUAACUUCACUGGAGCUCGCUGGUCACGGAUUAUUAAUUUAUUAUUAUAAUAACAAUGUAUGCAACAGGAUUUAGCUAAGCUGAUCGAAUUUACUAUGGAGUUAAGCGGUCGAGUAUUUGAAUUAUCUGUUGAAUUUAAUUUUGUUAUGAUCAGUACUGACCACAAAUAAAUAAAAUGUUCAAAGUACGUUUAGUCGAGCGUCGGCGUAUAGUAGGCGUAGAGCGUUAUCGACCUCGGACCCGCUGACGUAGCGUAGCGUUAGAUUAGCGAACAGAGUGAGAGGGUUAAAGACAAUAUUUGUACAUAAAUAAUCGUAAUGACCUGGAAAUUAGGUAUUACAGUAACUGUUGCGCCGCUCGGGCGCGGCGCGGCGAUACGAAACCGAUGGGAUCAAAUCCUUUAAGAAACUUACAUUAAAAGCGGAGAUAGAGGCGAAGGAACAUUCAGUGCAUCAUGUAGAGUCGUCUUCGAUUACAAUCAGACGUUAGGUUUAUAAAAAUAGAGUUGUUAAAUGUGAUAGUCUUCUAAUUUAUUUUACAUUUGAAUUACUAAGAUCUCUGAAACACAUAAGCAAUGUGUGCAUCGGCUACCCGAAAAAAUUAAGUCGAAUAAAUAAUAUUGGUCUAGGGAUCAAAGCCAAAGAUUGUUAAAGUUUGUUUAACAUUAAUAUUGUUGUGGAUUUAUGAUAAAUUAUUCUGAGAGUAUGUAGUUAAUGUUUAAAAUGUAACGUAUGAACGUUAAUUUGAAUUAUUUUAUCACCCUCUCCAGACUGCUCAUCGUAUUUAGUCCUAGAUCAAUAUAGAUAGUCCUGUGGUAAUCGACAUAUUUCCAAAAAAAGUAAAAAAAAAGCUUAGGGUAAUUUAGGUUAAGGUAAGUAUAGGACCAGUGUAACAUCAUGCUUUCCAAUUAUUUUUCUGUCUUCACAGAAAUAAACAAAUUUUGUGCCACAAGAAAACAAAAAUGCAGUGCCAACGUUUUAAUUUGAACUUGUAUUUCGUACGUAAAUAAGCAAUAUGGUAUAAGUUAAUUAUAGGCGUACAGUCAGUUUUAAAUACGUUUUAAUAAUUAAAGUGUCAAGUUAAAGCAAAUAUUUACAAAUGUAUCCACACACUAUUAAUUUAGCAUUGUAGGUAUUAAGAUUCACAAUUUAUUAGAUUUACAAUAUAGACUCGAAACAUAUCCCAAUAACAUAUUUUCCCUAUGUCUUCCCCUUCAGUAUUUCAGUAAUUAAUUAUAGAAAUUAAUAAUGAAUGAUUGUGCCAAAGUUGUGACUAAAAUUUUAUGUAUGGAUUUGAAUGUGACGGUAUAGUACUGAUAAAAUAAGAACAUUAUCAUUUUAUUGAUAUAACGGUUAUGCUAGUCAACCUGUUCUGAUGAAAAAGACAUUUUAAAUUUUAUAUAUUCUAGUCAAAAUUAUUUCAUUCUUGUUUUUGUGUUUAUCUAAAAUUCUCUAUUCUGUGUGGGAUUGCUUGAAGUAAAUUAAACUAGCAAUAAUUUUUUUGAUAAAAUCAAUUAUAUUAUAGGUGUAAUGAGUCGCAAUUAAGACAAUGUAUAGAGCUUUGUACAUUAAGUACCACACAGAUAUUAAUAGGAUAAAUAGGUAGUGAUAGCUCUGGAAGGAGACGGUUGAGAAAAGACGUAAAGUUAAUAAAGAGAAGAGAUUUUAUAGCUGUGAUUAAAAUUGGGAGUGUACUUUUGUGCAAAUGUUCGUCAGGCAUGCUGUCGCGUCGAUGAAGGGACGCGGGUGUAGGGUUAGUGCACCACGUGUAGUCGCACGGCCACCGUACCGGCAACUUGCACGCGUUUACGGACAUUAUUUUGUGAGUCGAGCUAGUCUUGGUUAGAACUCGAGUCGUAUGAGACACACUGAGUGUCACUCAAAGUGUAGACAGGUCCGUAAAUCGUCCGGAUUAAAAUACUGUAUUGUGAAAUAACCAGAUUUGAAAAAUGUUAAACAUUUGAGUCUGCUCUAAAAUGGACUCGCGUGCCGAAUACAUAACUGAAAUUGAGUCUUAAAGGAGACCUCUAAAAAUACUCGAGUCUUAGCCAAUACUAGUCGAGGCAGCCGACCGGUCCGCAGCACUGGCAGACUGUCAAUAACGUUUAUUCUGAAUAAAUGCAAAUUUAAGAGCAAUUAGGAAAUAACGUUGAUUUAUCGUUGUAUUCAGUUUCUAUUAAUCAAGUACUAAAUAUUAUUUUAUACUCAUUAGUAUAAUAAUUGUGGUUCAUUAUUGUUGUUGUUAUUUUAAUUUGCUCAAUUUUAAACUUGUAAGAAUAUAAACAAUAUGAUAUCAUAAUUUAAGUUGUUUCGUUGGUCUGUUAGCAUUUGUAUGUGCAAAAUUUAUUUGUAAGUUUUUACUUUUUUAUGUGUAUACUGUGGGGGCAGAUUUUUCUUAUACUAAAGACAAAUGAAAUCACAUAACCAUGACUAUGCAAUGGUAUGUAUUAAGAUGUGUAUAAAAUGUUUCAAAAAAGAUCUGGUUCUGUCCCUACAGUUGCAGGUUACUUAGCCAAAAACAUUAUUAUUGUUAAAUCAAUUACUCUUAUCAUAAUGCCAUAUCAAAUAUACAAAGGUAUUUAGUAUGUGUUAAUGCAGCAAACAGUACACUGUUACAGGUUCUAAAAAUCUCUUUCUGGUUUAAGUGUGUGUGCUUUGCAGCUGAAGCACACCUUAACUAAAAGUUGGUGCCUUUUGUUCAUAGGUUUCGCUUGAAUAUUUUACUGAAUUCAGUUAAUGUUAUAACUUAGCCUUUAUUGACAGGGUCCGACAGCGCUGUAUUAUAGUGUAUUAAACUAAUAAAAUUCAAUUUUAGCAAAUAUUUAUAAAUGUAAUAGCGAAUUUCCUUUAAAUAUUCGUGUUAGCACCUGUAUUUUGAAUUUUAAAUGCACCAUUUUCAAAAUUCCCUCUUGUAUGGCUACUAGGAUUAUUUGGUUGUAAUAUAAUAUUGCCAAGAAAUAUUUACAAUACAUGUUGUGCGUCAGAGGGAUCGUUUAAUAUGUAAAAUGCAAUGCUGUUAUUGGAUAUUUUGCUAGGUACUUGUAAAAUCUAAUCCGCAUACAGGUCUGAGACGUUUGGGUAAAAAGGGUUGUGUGAUUUGUUAUGGAUUUACAAAAUUCAAUAUUAUAUUGCUUCAAUCCCAUUUAGAUCCUCCUGGGUCGACCUAAAGGAUUAAAUAAGAGGAUGUUUAUCUUAUUACUAUACUAAUUAAUAAUACACCAGGGUAAUAAUAAUACAUAACUGCACUUCUCUUCCACAAGCGUUCAAACGGAACAUAAUUAUAGUUCAAAAUGCUUAAAGAUCUAUUCUAUAACAACUUGAACAUUGCUCUAAAUUCUUAAUAAACAGAAAAAAGGGAAAUUAUAUAAAACCCAGAUAAAAUGGUGACAGGCAUAGUCUCAUAGCGUAUACGAUCAAAUAAAAGGUAUGCAUGUAAAAAUGUGAAUAAUAUUAUUUAACCUUGGACAGAUUCCAUGUGAUACAUGGUUUGUAUGGGCUAUGCCGACGUCUGUUUUCAGUGUACUCUUUUAGUAUUAAUGCUAAUGGUAUUGACUGAGUAUAAUUAAGAAAAUCAAAAAAUGCCAAAUAAUCCAUCUCGUUCUGCAAUUCGAGUAAGCAUUUAAUUUGUUGUCACCAAUGCCGUGAAAGCACUAUAAGUGUAUAUCGUUCGACACAUAAAAAUCGAGGCGUAGCUAUACGGAAACCAUGAGCUGGCGACUAGAAUAAUGGGAGUUUUCAGAAGCAUAAGGCUGUAAUUGAGAAGUUCGACCAUAUCAUUAGAUUUUGCAUUAAUCGAUGGACAGAUAGACGAAUUUCUCACACAUUGCAUUGAUAUAAAACUGCGUUGGUCGCUCUCUGUGGUUCGUCUAUCGAAAUCUAUCGCUUUUGCAAUAUUUGAGUUCUACGAACUUCCAUUUUAGACCUGAUCGCUUUUUGCGGUUCUAAAAACUCUCAUUAACGGACGAUAUGACUAGUGUUAACAUGCCUGGUAGAAAGGUAAACAUAUCUCACACACAAAUAGGGGUAGGUAGUGAAGGUGGACCGGGACACGAGUGUUACGCUCUUGCCACUUAGAUGUUCACUCUUAAACUUCGUAUCACCAUAUUUGUCGACAUAUAUAAUCGUUUUGUGAAUUGUUAAUAAAUUUUAAUGUACUUACGGUUACAGUAUACUGUCAUGAGGUUAAUUUCAAUAUAAAAAAGUUUGUUUCAUUAUGUUAAUUCAAUAAAGUGUGUAAAUAUCAUUGACUUUCA